GUUUUGGUACCUUUAAGGAAUGUCUGGGACAAGAAAAUCAGGAGAUUGGAGAUCGAAAUGCGGCAGCAUUACAGAGAGGUGGAUCACCGCAAGAAAGAAGGGUUACUUUACGGAUGUCACCUUCCUCGUCGGGCCAUCGGAAACAAAAUUCAUGGCCCACAGGAAUAUCCUGGCUUGCGGAAGCCCCGUUUUCGAAGCCAUGUUCUACGGAUCUCUUCCGGAAUGGAAAGAACCCAUACUGUUUCCCGACGUUGACCAGGAUGCUUUCUCCAUUCUAUUAAGCUAUAUUUACGGAGAGAGCGUAACCUUCAAAGAUAUAUCCACUUCCUUCAAAACCUGUGCUGUUGCUGAGAAAUAUCUCGUACCAGAACUGAAGGCAGAAGCUGAAAAAUUCAUAUCGAACAUCGAGAUUAAGGACGACACCGUCUGGAAAGUACUGAAAGAAGCGAUUCAGUUAGAUGUGGGCAGCAUCAAGAAUAAAUGUUACGACUACAUUGCUCGCAAAGCUGAAGAUUUACUGUUCGCCAAAGAGUUUAUGGAUACUGGCGCCGAUGUUGUGGACUGCAUCGUCAAAAUGGAGUCCCUCAAUAUUUCAGAGUUCCAGCUCCUGCUGGCGAUUGCUCAGUGGGGAAAAGCGAACUCUAGAUCCACAGGAUCUGCUAAAGUGCUGAUAAUGCCUUAUCUUUCUCAGUUGAGUUUCAAAGAUAUCAGCAUCAGUGAGUUUUGUGCAUUCACUGAUAAGUUUCCAGGCUUAAUAGAAAAUUCUGAUGCUUUGACGAUUAUAAAACAUUUGCUUGAACCGACAGUUUAUAAACUGCCAACAUGGUGUUCAAAGCGUGAGAGGAACAGGUGUCUUACACCACCAAAGAAACCAGUUGAUUUCAGUUAUUAUGCUUUUUAUAGUUCUUAG